UUGCUCUCAUCGUAACCACUAACAGAAAUUCAUUUUUUUCCUUUUGUUACAUGCCUGUAUCCUUUCUUUUCCACAUCAUUCAAUCUUUCUCUUGUCCAAGAGUUUCUUGAUUCCAUAAUACAUCAGAUUCCCGGCCGUUUCUUAUCUUUCUUUCCAAAACAUUUAUCUGUUAGUUUUAUUUUUAAGGUCUAUAAUUUAAAAGAAACUAGACAUACAAACGAAAAUGGUGGCUUUAGUUUCUCAAGAAACUGUUAAUGUAGCUUUGGUCUCUCGGACCGGUAGGCAUUUGCAGCGUUACUCUAAAGGGGGUCGUCGUCAAGUUGUUGGGUGUAUACCCUAUAGAUAUAAAACUGGGGAGCAAAAUUACAAGGAGAUUGGAGGAGGAUUAGAAGUUCUUGUGAUCAGUUCACAGAAAGGAAAGGGAUUGUUAUUUCCUAAGGGAGGUUGGGAAUUGGAUGAAACCAUUAAAGAGGCAGCUUCAAGAGAGACACUAGAGGAAGCUGGAGUUCGAGGCAUAGUUGAGUGUGAAUUAGGAAAAUGGAGUUUCAAGAGCAAAACACACGACACCUUUUAUGAAGGAUACAUGUUCCCUCUACUUGUUCAAGAACAAUUAGAGUUCUGGCCUGAGAAAAACGUUCGGGAAAGGAAAUGGAUGAGUGUGGCAGAUGCAAGGGAGUGCUGUCAGCAUUGGUGGAUGAAGGAAGCUUUAGAUAGACUAGUUAAUCGUCUAUCGUCUCAGCAGCAACUUGAAGAUGUAGAAGUAGGAACUAUUCCUCCAAGCUAUCGAAGUAAAUCCAGCUUGUAAAUAGGCAACAAAUUGUUGGAAGAAAAACAGCCAGUGCAGGGCUUUUAGACCAGAAGAACAAGUGAGAAAAGGAAAAAGAAAGGCUAGAUGGAAUUGAGAUGAAGAAGAAAGAGUUUUCUUGUGUUUGUUGCAGUCCCUUUCUUGGAAUUUCAGUUCUGAAAAUCUUGUUAGGUUUAUGUUCGUGGGAACACUAGAAAAAAGGAAAAAGGAAGAAGUUGGGUUAAGAAAGAAACAACAUUUUGAUUGACAUCUGUAAUCUACAAUAUGGUUUCUAUUGGAAACGAAUUUUAGACAAAAAAAUCGUCAAAAUUGUUUUGAUA